AUGCCUGCUUACAACAUUGUCGUUUUUGGUGGAGACCACUGCGGUCCCGAGGUCACCGCGGAAGCUAUCAAGGUUCUCCGAGCUGUGGAAAAGAAGCGUGAUGUCACGUUCAAUCUCCAGGAUCACCUCCUGGGUGGUGCCUCCAUCGACGCUACCGGAUCUCCCUUGACCGACGAAGCUCUGAACGCCGCCAAGAACGCCGAUGCCGUCCUCCUGGGAGCCAUUGGUGGCCCGAAAUGGGGCACCGGUGCCGUCCGCCCUGAACAAGGAAUCCUCAAGCUGCGCAAGGAAAUGCAAACCUUCGGCAACCUGCGACCCUGCAACUUCGCCGCGCCCUCGCUGGUCGAGAGCUCGCCGCUCCGCGCCGACAUCUGCCGCGGCGUCGACUUCAACAUCAUCCGCGAACUGACGGGCGGGAUCUACUUCGGCGAGCGCAAGGAAGACGACGGCAGCGGCUUCGCGCUCGACACGGAGCCCUACUCGCGCGCCGAGAUCGAGCGCAUCAUCCGCCUGGCCGCGCACCUGGCCCUGCAGCACGACCCGCCUCUCCCCGUGUGGAGCUUGGACAAGGCCAACGUCCUGGCCACCAGUCGGCUGUGGCGCAAGGUCGUCACCGAGGUCAUGGCCAACGAGUUCCCGCAGCUGAAGAUCGAACAUCAGCUCAUCGACUCCGCCGCUAUGAUCAUGGUCAAGGAUCCUCGGAAACUCAACGGUAUCAUCGUCACGAGCAACUUGUUCGGUGAUAUCAUCUCCGACGAGGCGAGCGUUAUCCCGGGCUCCCUUGGCUUGCUCCCUAGUGCCAGUGUCAGCGGUAUUCCGGAUGGCAAGAGCAAGGUGAAUGGUAUCUAUGAGCCGAUUCACGGCUCCGCCCCCGACAUUGCCGGCAAGGGCAUCGUCAACCCCGUCGCUGCUAUCCUCUCCGUUUCCCUGAUGUUCCAGUACUCGUUCGGUCUCUUGGCCGAGGCCCGCGCCAUCGAAGCGGCCGUCAGCAAUGUCAUCGAGGCCGGUGUGAAGACGGGUGAUAUCGGCGGCAAGUCGACCACCAGCGAGGUGGGUGAUGCUGUUGCGGCUGAGUUGGAGAAGAUUCUGUAA